CGUCAGUUAUUUGUAUAUAACCGACGCCAUAGGGUAACAUUUACCAUCAUUUAUUUUCAAUCCUACAGCGUUGCAUGGAUCAUUGUCAGUAGUGAAUUUUGCCAAAAUUAACGCUAAAAGACCUUAAAAACUGCCUCUAAAGCCCAGAUUUGUAGUAGUAAAUACUAAAGACUUGAUUAACUUUUACAAGUCUUUAAGAUUCAUGAUUCAAGGUGUCAUUACAAAAAAAUUAUUUUUAGACACAACAAAACUUGUGACUAAAAAUAAAAUAGUUGUAACUAAUUAUAAAUUAUUUUUAUAUUGUGACUAAAAGAUUCAUGACUAAAGUUAUUAGUCUCAAAGAUUAUAAUUUGUUGUGACUAAAUAUGCUUUUAGUCACAAUGCUUGUUGUAACUAAAAGUAAAUUAGUGACAACUUAUAUUUAAAAAUUAUAUUUUAAUUAUAAGUAAUUUUCUGUUCUGACUAAAAAUUACAUAACAAAUUUACGUUGUAAUUAAAAAUUUAUCAUUAAAAGAAUUGCUUUUUGUAGUGUGUGUCCAGUUAAGUCUUGCAUUUAUAAGUUCAUUUUUCGCUAGCUAGUUACAUAAUAAAAUUUUAUAAACAAAUUCUAUAUAUCUAUAUAUUGGAUAAAAUAUUUAUAGGGACACGAUUUUGUUCUGUGAUGUACUUUCACGGAAUGUACUUCGUAGUACAUUAGAUGGGUCUCAGGGUACGUUACCAUUUUUUAACCUUAAUUACCCCUAGAUCAACUCCAGCCCUCAGAUUAAAUAACUUCUCCAUCUAACGGCUGUCGUACAUCAGACAAAAUCGUAUUCCCAAUAUUUAUAUAUAUGGGCCAAAUAGAAAGAGAAAGAACCAAAUUGUUAUUUCUCUGUCCACACCAAAUUUUGCUACAAGACAAAAAAAAAUUAUUAAUCAUCCAUCCACUUAUUUGUGUGUGGAUAUUUUACAUAAAAAUACAAGCACACGCAACACAAGUUACGUGUAUAUAAUGUUAUACAUUUAACAUAUUAACUCUUUAUAUAUUUUUUAAUUCAGAAAAAGAAUAUAUUGCAUUUCAUGUAAUAUAAAUUGUCCUUUUGGUACAAGUUUCCGUACCUUUGGUCACUCGACAACUCCAAGGAAACUUCCCGAUCGACAUCAUCGUUAUAUAGUUCAAACAAAAAUCAGUGUAAACUGAGGAAAAAGUCAACCUAAAUUCUCAUUUCUGAGUAGUUGGGAUUUCCGCGGAUGUAGAAAAACACCAUAUGUCGAGAUACACACAUUACUUAUGCAACAUACCUUGCUUAACACGUUAAGACUUUAGCAUCUUGUUUAAGAAGAAGUUGAUCGAAUUGUAAUUAAACAGAACACAACAGCUGACUAAGAUAUAUAAGAGAAGAAAUGUAUUAUUUGUUCCAGAAACUAUUGAUUUGUAUAUAUAAAUUAUCUAAUAGUAUAUAGUAUUAGUGAUUAGGUAAGAAGAUAUAGUUCACAUAGGUGAGUUACGUUGGUUGGAGUGGCAUGCACUUUGUGUGCCGCGUAAAAUAUAGAAUAUUAUUUGUUUGAAAUUAAGUUUGAGUCACUUCCAAAAAUAAAAAUAAUAAUAAUAAUAAUAAAUUCAUCAUUAAUUAAUUUAGAGUGAAAUUAACACACCAAGUCUACGUGGGUGCUUACGAAGCAAGUUUAGUUUCCUGGGUUGUAUUUGGAACACCCACCACGCAUACCUUAUUUUCACUUCUAGUGACUUGGCAAUGUCAUCUUGAAAAAUACUAGCUGCUACUUCCUACUACUAGAGCCUUUCACACUUACUUUUCUUCUCUCAUAAUUUAUCAUACUACGCGAAUUUAACUAGCGUUAACGCCACUUUCACCAAUCCCAUCACUUCAUUAUCAAUAUUGAUUAUUAUAUUCUAAAAUUAAUAUUUUUUAAACAAUAAGAAAAAUAUAUUUUAGUUUUCGUAUUUUAAUUAAAUAUCAUAAUUUCUAAAUUUCAAAACUAAUAAAACUAAUAAUCAAUCUUUUUUCUAAAAAAUAAUAAUCAAUAAGGUUAGGUUAAUUAGUAUUUUUUCCCCGAACUUUGACAUGUACCAAAUUAUGUUCCUUAAACUUUUUUGGCCGUUAAAAAUUCUCCUAAUGAGAUUGUUAGAUUAAAGACUUUUGUCUAAUUUUAAUAAAAAAAUUCUAACAUGGAUGAAAGUUCAGAGGUAUAAUUUAGUACAUAUCAAAGUUUAAGGGGCAUGAUUUGGUAGAUAUUAAAGUUCGGGGAACCAUCACUGAAAGAGUAAAAUUGAAUGAAAUGACAAAAAUCCUUAAAUCUAACAAAAGGGACAUGAUUUAGUACAUGUUAAAGUUUUAGAGAAAAAAAUCCUAAUUAGCCAUAAGGUUAAAGUUUAACCUAAAUUAAUAAAUUUAUUUUAUCUUUGUUUUAUUUUAAUCCAUUUUUCAUACUUUUAUUUAUUUCGAAAUUAAUAAAAAAUCAAUAUUAGUAAAAUUAGUGAAACAUUUCAGAAAAUUGGUUACAUGGAAUAUAGUUUCAAGUUUUACUUAAAAAGUGAAGGUAUAAUACAUGUUACUGAAAGAAUUAAAUUUUGAUAAAAUGGGAUAAAAAUAUAUUUUAGAAAAACAAAUUGAUUAAAAACUAGUUUGCAUGUUUAUAUUGAUUUUUUUUCCUAUUAUUGACAACCGUGAAAUAAAGAAACUAAUAAUAAUAGAAGGUGAAAAAUGAAAUUUUACUAACCACAUUCACCUACAUUAAUAUUUUGUUUGCCUAAAAAAGCAAACUGAAUUUGUUUAAAAAUUUAAUUUCAAAGAAUCGGGUAUCUGCAAGAUAAAGAUGUUAAAAUAAAAAUAUUAAAAAAAUAGAAACUCAUAACAAUUAGGAUAAGAUAAAACAAAAGGAAACUAAAGAAUAGCGCGUGAGGUGCGGAAGUGAAAUGCGAGUUGGGGAGUAGAAUAUUUCUAGAAUAGUCAAGAGAACAUAGAGCAUAGAAUAGGAAAGGAAAAGAGCACUAUAAUAGAGAAGAACAAAGGUUGCAACUUCCAUUAGCUCACCGCAAACGACUACUUCAUUCCAAAGAUAUAUUCCUUAUUGAUCAACGCGGUGACGCACGUACCAAUGAAACAAAGCGGUAAUCACUCUAAACCAUAUGUUUCUUAAAUUUACCUAAAACCCCUUACUAUUCGCUUUCUUAGACCUCAAGAAAACACGCAACCCCGUUUCCGACAAUACCCUUUUUCUUUCCCUUUCUUUAUCUCAUCAUCAAGUCAAACUUCUUCAGCUCCAAACCAAACCCAUCCCUAUAAAUAUUCCCCCCAAACUCACUCCAACACCAUUUCAUUUCAUUCAAUAUUCAUUUUCUCUUUCUUCUUAAACUACUUCGCCGUCCAUAGCCCCCAAAUAAGAAAUAAUUAAAAAAAAAAACUUUCCGAAUUCUCCUUAUUCUUAUUUUUUUUUCAAACCCAAAACAUAAAUUAGAAUCAUGGUGUUGAAGAGAGAAAGAGACCAUACUUUUGGUGAUGAUGAUAAUAUUCAUAGCUAUCGUCGGAUUGAGUCAAGCUUGGAUAUGGCUAAUUGCUUGAUGUUAUUGUCCAAAAUAGGCGAAACUGACUCCGAUGUCGACACUAAUAAAUUAGAAUCGUCACCACAGCAGUCGUUGUCGGAGCGUGUGUUCACUUGCAAGACUUGUAACAGAACAUUCCCGUCGUUUCAAGCGCUGGGUGGCCAUAGAGCCAGCCAUAAGAAACCGAAGCUCUCCGAAGCUCUCCAAGGCAUCCCACAGCCACCGCCGAAGCCCAAGACCCACGAGUGCUCUAUCUGUGGGCUUGAGUUUGCAAUUGGACAAGCACUUGGCGGUCAUAUGAGGAGACAUAGACAAGCUGCGGCGACCGAUAAUGGUCGUGAACAUCACGCGCCUCCUGUUCCAGUGUUGAAGAAGUCGAAUAGCAGCAAGAGAGUUUGCGCGGAUUUGGACUUGGAUUUGCAUUUGGCUCCUCCCGGGAAUUAUUAUGAUUUGAAGAUGCAGUUCAAGGCUCCUCCCACCUUGGAAUGUUUUCUAUAGACAUAUAUAUAAAAUUAUUUAGCCUUGUGUUGAUAUAGGAUCGGGAUCGAGUCAUCGACGUAGUUGCGGAUUUUUAUAGUUAAUUUAUUUAUUGAUUAAUUUUAUUUUAUUGCAUUACUCAUGUUCAUAUUUAGAGAACUGAUCAUUGGAUUUUUUUUUUUUCUCUUUGAAUUAUACCGGCCGAUUAAUUAUUUGAUUUUUUAUGGAAUUAUUUGUUUAA